AGGAUGACAUUACAAAAGAGUACAGAAGAAAUAUGUAACUUUUGUCUUAUUUUUUGUUUGUUGUUUACCGGUAUAGAAUACAUCUGUUGAAUGCACAAGUUGGGUCUCUGUUCCUGUUAGGGCAUUUGGCGAGGGAUGCAAUCGAAACUGGGGACCUUAGAUCACCAAUUUCUCAUCUUUCCAAUCUCCAUCAAAUCGUUUCCUCCCUAUUCCAAUUAAGCUGAGAGUGCUUCUGAUAAACUCGUGAUGGGUGCUCCGAAGCAGAAAUGGACUGCAGAAGAGGAAGCAGCACUCAAAGCUGGAGUUAUCAAGCAUGGUGUUGGUAAAUGGCGCACCAUACUGAAGGAUCCAGAGUUUAAUAAUGUCUUAUACCUGCGGUCAAAUGUGGAUCUCAAGGAUAAAUGGCGAAAUCUGAGCGUGAUGGCAAAUGGAUGGAGCUCUAGGGAGAAGUCUAGGCUAGCGGUCAGAAGGGUGCAUCAUACCCCAAAACAGGAUGAGCACUCCAUGUCUAUCACUCCUGUUGCUCCAAGUGAUGAAGACAUUGUUGAUGUUAAGCCUCUUCAAAUUUCUAGAGAUACAGUGCAUAUUCUGGGUCCGAAAAGAUCUAAUUUAAGUUUGGAUAAACUUAUAAUGGAAGCAAUCACUAGCUUGAAGGAGAAUGGUGGUUCUAAUAAGACAGCUAUUGCUGCUUUCAUAGAGGACCAAUAUUGGGCACUGCCAGACUUAAAAAGGAUGUUGUCUGCAAAAUUAAAGUUUUUGACAGCAAGUGGAAAACUGAUCAAGGUAAACCGCAAGUAUAGGAUUGCACCUACAGCAGCAUAUUCUGACAGAAGAAGAACCUCAUCCAUGUUAUUUUUGGAUGGGAGGCAAAAAGCCUCCAUGAAAAUGGACAAGGAUGAGACCAACAUUCUUACUAAAUCUCAGAUAGAUUUAGAGUUAGCGAAGAUAAGGUCCAUGACUCCGCAAGAGGCAGCUGCAUUUGCUGCUCGAGCAGUUGCAGAAGCAGAAGCUGCCAUAGCAGAAGCAGAGGAGGCAGCCAAGGAGGCUGAAGCAGCAGAAGCCGAUGCAGAGGCGGCACAAGCUUUUGCAGAUGCUACAACAAAAUCAGGGAAAGGAAGGAAAUCCCCAAGGAGGAUCCAUGCUUGAUGGAAGUUUGAAGAAUUAGACACUAGGAGGGAUGAGCCGUGGCAUUGAGUAGGGAAGCCAACCAGCUACAUAUCAUUUGCUGGCAUGGUCUACAUUUUACACAUAAUACUUGAGGCUCUUGUUACUGUUCAGGUUUCACCUUGUUUAGGAGAUUAUUCUGAAUUUUUGGGUCUUAAAAUGUCCUUGUAGAUAGAAGCAUUGUUUGAAUCUUUCUUGUAAUUUCUUUAGAGCUAUUGUUACCUUCGCGCUCUGGCCAUGUACCCAUUUACAGAAUGUUGAUGUUUAGAUGAAUGGGAAUUCGUUCAAAUUUCUUCUGAAGCAUACAUGUGCAUCCUUUGACGUGUUA